CACAGCACCUCCAUUCUAGCUGGCCUUUUUUAGAAGCACAGUAGCUCCGCUAGCCCUCGAAGCCCCCGCCCUGAAGCUGCUUGUGCAGUCGUGCAGCGCCGGAGGGACUCGCCAGGGGGCCCUGUGGGCCACCAAGAGAAUACCGCUUGCCCCCGGAAGCGGCAUGUUAGGCGGCCCAGCUUUUUGCAGCGCAGGAUACGUGCGCGCAGCUCCGGAAGAGGUACGCCAUCCAGCGUGCUUGUUUUUUGCAUGAGCGUCUGAAUAAGAGGGCCGCGCUUUCAGAAGUAAACAAAAAUGGCAAAAAGCAUAAGAAGCAAAUGGAAGAGAAAGAUGCGAGCAGAGAAGAGGAAAAAAAAUGCCCCCAAGGAACUUGCCAGAUUGCAGAGCAUCCUGAAAACAAACAGCGAUGUUCUAAUGGAUGAAGUAAAAGAGAUAGCAACUGUCAUUCCUGCUGAGAAAGUUACAGAGAAAAAGGAUCAGGAUGAAGGGAGUAAGAUGGACAUGGAUACAAAAAGAAAUAAAAAAACUCUUCUAGAUGAGCAUGGACAGUAUCCCGUAUGGCUGAAUCCCAGGCAGAGGAAGAAGCUUAAGGCAAAGCGUGCCAAAGGAAAAAAUAAGCCCAAAGUACCAAAGGGAUUAGCGUGGUAGAAUCUGGAUGAAUUAAAAAGGCAGGAAAAAAAGACUAUACUGAAAAAAACUUGAGGCUGCCAAAAAAAACACCAACCCAUGUGACUUACCCUUCACUAGUUGUUUGGGUUUUUUUGCUUUAAAAUAUUAUUAUUAUUAUUUUUGCUUCAGACUCUAACUGUCACUUCGUAAAAUGUCAGUUUGCAGUGAUAAUGUCACCUUGGAAUACUGUUGAUUUAUUGAGUUUCAUGUGCAUUGUAUGUGUUGCAGAAAUUAGGAUACAGUUAAACUGAAUUCAUUGAGCGCAAUAGUUGGUUAAGUAUACCCAUUUCAAAACAAUGCUUUAAGUCCCAUUGAUUUCAAUGGAUUUUAGUCACAACUAAUUCUCCCUGUAUUGUGCUCAAUAUAAAUAAUGUGUACUUCCAUCUUUGUGCUAGUACCAAGUUCCAACAGAAAUAUGUUUAUUUUCCUGCUGUGGAGGAGGGGAUCCAUGGAUGGGAUACACUACGCAGUAUGCAGAUUAGGAGACAGCCUUUGAAUGGGAUGGACCACCAAUCUCAUUUCUCUCCUGCCUAGUUUCAUAGCUUGCCACUUCAUGUGCUUUAUGUUCCUUUCAUUUGAACGGGCAGGAGGUAAGAAUAUGCUGUGUAGCCCCAUCCUAUGCAUAUGUACUCUUUUCUGUUGGGUUCCCAACUAACAGUGCAAUCCAACAUUUAUGCCAGGCUCAUGGGAGUUGGAUAUGGGUCCCAGCCACACUGGCAGAUGCCCCUCUUCCUGGCUCAGCUGCAACAGAGCUGGGACUUAGCCGGCUCUGCCAGGGGUCCGCUGGGGAAGCCCAGCCCAGUGUACGGGAAGCCAGCAGAAGGCCUCCAAAAGGGGUGUUCCAGGGGCAUGUUGGAGGAAGGGUCAGGGUGGAAGACUUGUGUGAUAUCCAGGCCCUAUUUGGCUCCCUCCUACGGCCCUCCCUUGCAGCAAUGGGUACAUCAGGAAAAGGGGUGGUGGAAGGAAACAUGUAUUUUCUUCCUCCACACCCUCCCCUCCAUGUGGCCUCCAAGCGGCAGGUGGAUGUGGCAGCCCCUUCCGCCACCUCUGCCUCCACUGGCUUUGAUGCCACCGGCCUCCAACAAGUUGGAUUGCUCUGUAAGGCUGCAAUCCAGUAUAUGUCUACUCAGAAGUAAGCUGCUUUGGGUUCAGUGGGACUUACUGCCAGGUAAGUGUGUUGAAUUGCAGUCUAAGAAAGACCUGCAGCCUCAUUCUUCCCUUGAAAUCAGUAGCACUAGAGUUGCAGUCUGGUACACAGUUGUCUUGGAGUAAGCUCUGUUGAAAUCCCUGGGCCUUACUUUUGAGUAGACAUGCUUAGGAUUGUGCUGUAAGGCGAGAGUCCUAUACACACUUACUUUUGGGAAUAAACUGCAUUGAACUUCAUUGGAAUUAUGAGUAAACAUGUAACUACUCAUUCAGUUAACGUUGUACUCUAAAUAUAUAUUUUUUUUAAAUCGGUAAAUGUGACUGGAUUAAAACUUGCAAACUUCCCCAUAUGUUAAUGGCAAGUUGUACACUGUAGUUUUGAAAAACUGAAUGUAGAAUGUAUCUGAAUUUCAUUGCUUCUCUCUGUAUAAAUAAAUGGCUUAAAGAAUU